UAGAAUCCCGCAUUGCAUUUGGUUUGGGAAACCAGCGGAUCGCGGCGGUGGAGACUCCGAGUAAGAGGCGGGAGUGAGAGCGAGGGGCGGCGAAGCAUUUCAUUUUCAGGGAUUUGGUUUAAGCGGGAGAAGGAGUGUGUGUGAUUGUAGGAACGAGUGCUGAGAAAUCUCGACGGAGAGAUGCACAAGUUGAAAGCUUUAGUAGGAGUUAGGAGGUGUUUGUUUCACAGACUUGGUUCUCUCUCCCAUCACAGAGGCUUUUCUGCUCUACCAAACUAUGCCCAACAUGAUAAUCUCCAAGACCUGGUUUUGGUUGAAGGAAGAUCUAAUUCCAGAGCAGCCAUUCUCAAUAGGCCAUCUGCUCUCAAUGCUCUCAAUGCUUCAAUGGCAGCUCGGCUGAAGAGACUGUAUGAAUCAUGGGAAGAAAACCCAGAUAUUGGUUUUGUCUUGAUGAAGGGUGGUGGCAGGGCUUUCUGUUCUGGUGGAGAUGUUGUUUCCCUUUAUCAUCUGCUUGCUGAAGGUAAUGUUGAGGAAUGUAAAGUGUUUUUUGAGACAUUAUACAAGUUUGUAUAUCUUCAAGGAACAUAUUUAAAGCCUCAUGUGGCUAUUUUGGAUGGAAUCACUAUGGGAAGUGGAGCUGGAAUUUCACUUUUCGGAAUGUUCCGUCUGGUGACUGAUAAAACUGUACUUUCCAAUCCAGAGGCUCAAAUGGGUUUCCAUCCUGAUGCAGGGGCUUCCUUCUACCUUUCUCGUUUGCCUGGAUACUUAGGGGAAUAUCUAGCUCUUACAGGAGACAAGCUUAAUGGUGUAGAAAUGAUUGCUUGUGGCCUUGCUACACACUACACAUUAAAUGCAAGACUUGCUUGGAUUGAAGAACGCCUGGGUAAAUUGGUUACAGAUAAUCCCUCUGUCAUAGAAACAUCUCUGGCUCAGUAUGGUGAUAUUGUUUAUCCAGACAAGAGGAGUGUUCUAUCUAAGAUUGAUGCCAUUGAUAGAUGUUUCAGCCAUGAUACAGUCGAGGAAAUUAUAGAUGCCUUGGAAAAAGAAGCAGCUGAUACAUAUGAUGAAUGGUGCACCAAAGCCCUCAAGAAACUCAAAGAAGCCUCUCCUUUGUGCUUGAAAGUCACUCUACGAUCUAUACGUGAAGGUAGAUUUCAAAGCCUUGACCAGUGUCUGGUUCGUGAAUAUCGAAUGUCCCUUAAUGGAAUUUCCAAACAUAUCUCUAAUGACUUCUGUGAGGGUGUCCGUGCAAGAUUGGUAGAGAAGGACUUUGCUCCAAAGUGGAACCCUCCCAAUUUAGAUGAAGUAUCCAAAGAUAUGGUAAACUGCUAUUUCUCUCCGCUUCCUGAAGUUGAACCUGAACUGGAGCUGCCAACUGCAUUGCGAGAGCCAUUCAUUUGAGAGUGAGACUGAUAAAAGGACACAUUUAAUCAAUGUGGGAACACUGGAUUUAGAAUGGGGAUGUGAAGAUAGUUUUCUCCAUGCUAUGGCGGUCCACAGGUUAAAUUUCUCCCACAUUUUUUUUUUUGUUAGUAGCACAGCAUCUCAACUCAAUACCAUGCCUUUUUAAUGGCCUUUUUGAAGGGGUAUCACCGGUCAGCAUUCGGUGUGAUUUACUUGUUUGGGAGAGGCUUGUCUCUCUAUUCUUUGUUGCAAAUCAGAUAUAAUUAUUUCAAUUUAAGGACUUUUUUUUUUUUUUUUUUUUCUUUUCUGUCGGAUUUUUCGACUCUCUUAUUUGUAUCGAAGUACUGGUCAUCAGUUGAAUACGUUGAAUCUCUCAUAAUACUUACGUAUCUUCUUCUUUU